GCUCAUAUGUAGUGUCGAAUGGCUCAUUUAAGGGUGUUUUGAGCAGCAAAACUCUUUAAGCUGUUCGCUGAUAGACAUCAAAUAGCCUGUAUGUUACAGUAGCUUUUUGUUAAUGGAUCAGAUAGAGAAGCAGGAACCAUGACUGGAUGAGAUUUUAGAUUAAAAACAUCAUUAGUGGAACGUAAUAGUAUUUGUUACGACACCUCGGUUGAAGACGGGACGAGAAUAUGGGAGCUUCUGACUCUCAACCCGAGAAAAGGAUUGUGCUUCUUGGGAAAACCGGAGAUGGUAAGAGCAGUGCUGGGAAUACGAUUCUCAAACAACAAGUCUUCAAAAGCAAAGCUUCCCCUGAAUCUGUGACGGCUGAAUGUGUCAGUGGAGACCGGAAGAUCAAUGGCAAAAAGAUCACCGUUAUUGACACGCCUGGACUCUUUGACACCGGUCUGGACGAGGAGGCCAUCAAAUCGGAGAUCAUUAGAUCUGUGAUCGAAAGCUCUCCAGGUCCAGACAUGUUCACCAUCGUCCUGAAAGUCGGGAGAUACACGGGACAAGAAAUGGAGGUUGUGGAUAAAAUCGUUGAGUAUUGUGGAGAAGAUACUUUCAAUCAUUCAGUUGUUUUAUUCACUCACGGAGAACAGCUGGAAGGUCAAACCAUCGAGGAAUUUGUCAAGAUGAGUCCAAAGCUACAGGAGCUCAUUGACAAAUGUGGAGGUCGCUGCCACGUCAUUGACAGUAAAUACUGGAAAAUACGGCAAAUGGGAUACAGGAGCAACAGAGUCCAGGUGAAAAACCUGAUGGAGACCAUCGAGCAAAAGCUAAAGGACAAUCAGAGCGGCUGCUACACCAAUGAGCUGCUUCAGAUAGUGGAGGAAGAGAUUCAAGCGGAGAUGAAGAACAUAAGCGAGGAGAAUAUGUCGCCAGAAGAGAAACGAGAAAUAGCGAAAAAGGUUGUGCACAAAAAACUUCUCAUUAGGCUUGCAGGAGUGACCACAGGAACACUAACUGGUGCUUUUCUGGGCAUCGUUGUCGCUGUGGCAUCUGUCGUCACUUUGCUGAAAGCCGGAACCGUAGCCGGAGCCGCUGGAGCUGCCGGAGCUGUCGGAGCCGUCGGAGCAGCUGGAGCCACGGGAAUAGCGGCGGGAGCAGCAGCGGUGAAGGCAGGGAUUGUCGCCGCGGGGGCCAGUGUUGGAGUAGCUGGUACGGGGGUCGCUGCAGCUACAGGCAUCGUCGUUGGAGUCGCGGCUCUUGCUGGAGCGAUCGGAGGAGGAGUUACCGGAUGCAAAGCCGCAGAUGAAUCUGAUUCGGUAUGUGAUGCAAUAAGGAAUGCUGCGAAACUCAACUAUGAGAAUGCUAAAGGUGCUGUGAAAAAGGCAAAGAAACAUCAAGACAAACUUUUAAAAAUGGAGCAGAACAAAAAUACUGAUCAGGGAACAGCCUAAUUUUUUUUAGUGAUCUAUGUGUGAUUAUUUAACUCAAAGAUGACAGGACUGUUGUCUAAAUGUUGCAUGGGGAUUUGGUUUUAAUUCUCAAUAUUACACGUAGGUUAAAUGCUGCCACAUAUUAUUUUUUUAUGAAGUGUUGGUUUUAUUGGUUGCAAUUAUAAUGUUAAAGACUCUUUUUAUUAUUUGGGUGCAGUGAAAAAUAUCAACACAAGCUUUUAACAGAAGAACAUUUCUACCGACAGCGACUGUUUUAGUAAUCAAUGACUCUUAAACUUUCAGAUGAUUACUCAGAUCAAUAUUCAGUUGUGUUUGUUGUUGCAAUUUAUCUUUUGUUAAUGCAUGGGAUUGUUUUUAAUUAUCUCUGUAUUAUAUGAACAUAGUCACUAUUUUAUUUAUUAUAAUGUAUUUUUUUUGUUGUCAUUAAUUAGAAAAAUAAAAUAGUUUUCACAUGUA